GGAGGAGUUGAUGGAACAGUGAAUGGGGAAGAAGAAGAAGAAGAAGCUAAUGUAGAGGAACCAGAAAAUUCCUUUAAUAAGGAGAAUGGAGGAGAGUCAUCAAGCUCAAAAGAAGGAAGGGUCAGAGGACCUCCAUUCUGGAUGAAUAAUUAUGUUAGUGGAGAAGGGCUCUCGGAGGAAGAAGACGUAGGUGCCAAUAUAGCCUUAUUUGCUUCAUCAGAUCCGAUACAUUUUGAAGAGGCAGUAAGGCAUGAAAAAUGGAGGAUGGCUAUGGAUAUGGAAAUAAAAGCAAUAGAGCGGAAUGACACAUGGGAACUCACUGAUUUACCUCAAGAUGCAAAGAAAAUUGGAGUGAAAUGGGUCUAUAAGACCAAAUUCAAAGAAAAUGGAGAAGUGGAUAAGUUCAAAGCACGAUUUGUUGCGAAGGGGUAUGUGCAACAACAAGGAGUGGACUAUACUGAGGUUUUUGCACCAGUUGCAAGGAUGGACACAGUGAGAAUAAUUAUGGCCUUAGCAUCUCAAAAGGGUUGGAUUCUUUACCAACUUGAUGUUAAAUCAGCCUUUUUGCAUGGGGAGCUUAAUGAAGAAGUGUACGUGUAGCAGCCUAAGGGUUAUGAAGUGAAGAACAAUUCUCAGAAGGUAUAUAGGCUUAAAAAUGCACUCUAUGGACUGAAACAAGCUCCAUGAGCUUGGUUCAGUCAGAUUGAAAAACAUUUCACGAGUCAAGGAUUUGAGAAGUGUUAUAGUGAGCACACCCUUUCAUUUAAGACAAAGGAGGGAGGUAUGAUUCUCAUUGUUAGUCUAUAUGUUGAUGAUUUAAUAUUUACUGGCAAUGAUGAAUUGAUGCUUGCUGAAUUUAAAAGUUCCAUGUUAAGAGAGUUUGACAUGAAUGAUCUGGGGAGAAUGAGAUUCUUCCUUGGCAUAAAAAUGUUACAGAGGACAGAUGGAAUAUAUAUUAGCCAAAGGAAGUAAGCUUUGGAGGUGUUGAGGAGGUUUAAAAUGAAGAAUUGCAAUCUGGUUUAUAAUCCCAUUGUUCCAGGUUGUAAGCUUUUCAAAGAUGAAAAAGGAGUCCGAGUUGAUGAGACGUUGUUUAAGCAGAUGGUGGGUUGUCUUAUGUAUUUAACGGCUACAAGGUCAGAUUUGAUGUAUUCAAUGAGCUUGAUCAGCAGAUAUAUGGCCAAACCUACUGAGUUACACAUGAUGGCAGCUAAGAAAAUAUUGAGAUAUUUGAGGGGAACCACUGAGCUUGGGAUUUUCUACAAGAAGGGAGGGUGUGAAGAGUUAGUUGGCUUUGCAUAUAGCAAUUAUGCAAGGGAUUUGGAUGACUGCAAAAGCACAUCAAGGUAUGUGUUUAUGUUGGGGUCUGGAGCUGUUGCUUGGUCAUCAAGGAAGCAGCCUAUAGUCACACUCUCAACCAUUGAAGCAGAGUUUGUAGCUGCAGCAGGUUGUGCUAGCCAAGUUGUGUGGAUGAGGAGAAUACUUGAAAAGCUGGGUCUGGAACAAAGAGCAAGCACAUUGACGUGCGAUUCCAUUUUCUUCGUGAUCUCACUCGAGAAGGAGUUGUCGAGUUGGUGUAUUGUGGAACACAAGAUCAGCUGGCAGAUGUGAUGACAAAGCCACUUACCUUGGAUGCAUUUCAGAUGUUUCGAAGUCAGUUGGGAGUUUGUCAAGUUCCUAAAUUAAACUAGUUACAGCUGGGAACUAGUUUAAGGGAGGGAAUGAAGAGAAAGUUUAGGUUCUGUUAGGAUUUGAAUUCUGUUUGAAUAAGCCCUAGUCUUUAGGGUCCUUGUUUCUUGUAUUUGAAUUCUUAGUUAGUUGCUUUAUUCACGUUGGUUAGUUGUUGACGUGAACUGGUUUUUCUCCUUUCUAUUGAAGGUUGUAAAGGCUAUUUAAAGCCUAAGUUUGUUCAAUAAGAUCACACAGAUCAUCUCCCAGAUAUAGUUGGAUAUUGUUUAUUGUUUCUGAUUCUUAACAAUCUCCAACCUGCCAUGACCUGUCAAAACACAUUUGAUCCACUUUAAGCCGAGCUUGCCGUCAACCUCCUAUGUCCAAACCAUUGCCACAGCUGUCACAAUACCCACAGAUCGGACUACCGCUAGAUUUCCUCUGUUUUGGGCCCAGAAAUUUCUCCUCAUACCUAAUUGAUCCUUUUGUUCCACCAUCAACAAAAUCAGAUUGUCGAUCAUAAUCGACCAGACUCUCCAAUUUUUGGCAACCUUAAGCCGUGCUCUAGAUGGCCUGACUCGGCCCCAAUCAAUUGUAGAGCACCUCUCUGCAACUUGACACUGAGAAACAACUAGAUUUCCCCAUGAUCUCCCACACCAGUUGCCGGCACCCACACAUUCGAGACUGUACUUUGGUGCAAGGAGGAUCGAUUGAAAGCUUGUCGAAAAGAAUUAACGUUGGAUGGUUUUGAUUUUGAGAGAGAGGCUCUGCUUGGUGUUGGCGUCAAGCGUCGUUGAUAGAACCCCCAGCCAUGACGGCUAGGAUUUGAGAGAGAGCGGAAGAGAUUCCGUCUCAUAUUAUUUAGCAAUACUUUGGUCCAUUCCAAAUGCCAUUUAAUUAAUUUUUAAAAUAAUUUAUUACUUUUAUAUUAUAUUUUAAUGAAAAUACGGUAUUCAUUGUGAGUUUGUGACCAACAACUAUAAUGAUUAUUCUCUAAAAAAACAACUAUAAUGUCAAGAAAUUCUCUCUCGAAGAUUCAACAUUUUUUUAUUUCACUAUUCAUUACAUAUAGCCCAAGUGGUGGAAAAAUGUAAAGAAUGAGAUUGGGAAUAUGCUAAGUUAAGAGUUUGAUCUCCCUCCAAUAUAUAACAAUUUCUUUUUCCACCAUACUUAUCCCAUGAUGUUAAUGCGAUUUAAACUUCUGACUCGAUUAACCUCCAAUAUCAAUUAUUUGAAAUAACCUACAAAUUAUACCUCACUGGUUAAACCAAAAAAGACCCGCCUUUUUUCAUUUUCAAUCUUGUAAAUAUUCCUUACCGACAAUACUUCUCUGUGAAAAAGACGUGUUUGUCAUCAAAAGAAAGAAAAGUGAAAAAGACAUCAUUAAAAAAAGGAGAAAAAGACAUGGCAAUUAACUUGGACCAUAUAUACCCCAGUCAAUUUGAGGAGUACGUCAUGAUCUUUUGACAAUUAGCUUGGGUAAGAAGGAAGGAUAAUUUUAGUUAUGAUUUUUUUUUUUUAUGAUCUUUUUUAUUUUUUUUAUUAUUAUUUUUUAAUUUUCAAAAAAAAAGAAAAGAAGGAAGGAUGUGUAAGACAUGUAUGAUUUAAACCCUAAACGCGUGACAAUGAACCAAUAGACGGUCCUCAAAAGCCAAUUGAAUUGGUUUAACUUGUCUAACCUGGCUAAUUAGACGUGUAACUUAUCCAUUGAGAGCAAGUCCACCCGUUAAGGUUGGCAGGUUAAUACUGUUCACUGCUUUUUACCUUUCAUUUCCACUAUCUAGGUUAGCUGGUUAGAUACUGUUCACAAAUUAAAAGGUCACCAAAUGUCAGUUGGCAGGUCAAGAAAUUGACUCAGAAAGUGACCUUUUGUGAAUAGUAUCUGACCAGCCAACUUAGAUGGUGGAAAUAAAAGACAAAAGGCAGUGAAUAGUAUUGACCAGCCAACCUCAACGACUGGACUUGCUCGAUCUAAAGAUGGAACGAAAUUAGACUUGGGAAAAGAGUGCUAUGUAGCUCUCUCUUCUCUCUCUAGGUUUAUUCGGCCAUGGGAGAAGUGAGGUCCAAAGCUCUCAACCAUUCUCGUGAGAACAUGAAAUGAAGACAAAAUGACCAUCAUGUACUUGGUCUAAAAUAACGGCUGCAUUAAGAUCCCAACGUGCUUGUAGGACCUUGAACUAAUAUGGACCUCCAUGCACUGAGCUAGAGAAAAUACUUACAUUCAAGUUAGUUUGGAUCAGUGUGUUCAAACUCUCUCUUAUUUACAUAAAUUUAACAAUUUAAAUUCAUGAUUUAACAAUUUAAAAGUUAAAUCAAAUUUUAAAGAUCAUUUCUUAUUAAAUGUUGAUUAUUAAUUUUUAAACGGUUAAAUCUUAAAUUUAGACCUACCAAAGGUAUGCCAAUAAGAGAAAGAACAAACGAGUUCAAAUCGAUUUGGACGUAAGUAUUUUCCUUAUUCAAAAUCUUGAGAGAUGCAAGGCUACAAGAAAGUGAAAAGCACAUCGGCAACUUGCAUGUCACGACACAGUGAUAUUACUUAGUUCCUAUAUAGUCAUCACAAUAAUUAAGUCAAUGAUCGAG